AUGACGAAUUCAGUUGGGGGAACGUUUUCCUCGAAAUGGAAACAGUCGCUGCAUUACUUCUCAAGAAGAGCAAGAAUUAUGAAGAGACAUAACUGUGUGAUCCUGGCGGUCUUUUUUGUCAUCAUAGUCUUCUCUGUCUUCGGUGGUGAUAGUAUCAAGCAAUUAUACGAUAUUAGCUCUGGGUUUGGUUCUGACACUAUUGGAGAAGGUUAUAAUGGAGGUAGUGGUUUUUCCAAUCUACUUCCUGACUCAUCGACAGCUAAUUCGAACUCUGGAGGUCAAGUUUCUUCUGAACUUACAUCCAGUAAUGCAGUCAGUAAUGGUGUCACAAUUAGCAGUGACCUGAAAGAUUUCUAUCAGGAAAUUAUGACCACAUUGAAGGAAACAGCAUUGAAAGGUAAAUUAGAAGUUAAGAAGCCUGAGGGUUGUAAACUUUCCGACACUGGUGUCGAAAACACGGACUCUGAAAAGCUUUCAACCUUAACUAAAGAUAACCUUCUGAAGUGUUUGCCAAUUUCUGAUGAGGACGUGAAGGAAGUAAAAGAGGCUCACAAUAAUUUCAAGAAACUUUUACAAGAUAAACUCAUGCCGAAUUUCAAAAAGCUAAACACUGAAAAGGACCCAGUCUAUAAGGGUGAGGGUAUUUCCAUUGUUGGUGGGGGUAAAUACACUUUGAUGGCUCUUCCGGUUAUCAAAUCUAUCAGAAUGAAUAGCGGUUUAACAUUGAAAAGUAGUGUCCCAAUUGAAAUCGUUAUUCCACCCUCUGAUAAUGCUGAUAGAAAAGUUUGUGAAAACAUAAUUCCUACCAUCGACCCUUCAGGUUUGACGAAGUGUGUCUAUUUGUCAGAAUUUUUUGAUUCUGAAAUUUUAAAAGAUAUCACAGGUUACCAAUUGAAAUCAUUGUCUCUGUUGAUUUCUAGCUUUGAAAAGGUGCUAUUAUUAGAUGCAGACAAUUAUGUCAUCAACUCAUUGGGUAAUUUCUUUGAUGGUGAUAUCUUCCGUGAAACAGGGCUUAUUUUGUGGCCAGAUUAUUGGAGAAGGGUUCACAGUCCAAAAUUGUACGAUAUUGUGGACAUUAAGGUCCAGGAUAAGCUGGCUCGCUACAGCACAGACUAUAUCACCAAUUCAAGGCUGUUCCCAGAGUCCGAUCCCGCAAAGAUUCCAUUCCAUGAUUUAGAAGGAGCGAUCCCAGACGGUAGUACAGAGUCUGGUCAGUUGCUUGUUAAUAAAGCUAGUCAUUUGGAUGCUCUAAUUUUAUCUCUGUAUUACAACUACAAUGGACCUUCCUACUAUUAUAGAUUACUAGGACAAGGUAUUUCCGGGGAAGGUGACAAGGAUACAUUUAUUUUGGCGGCAACUGUGUUGAAGCACAGAUACUAUCAGGUUAGAACGCCGGUACGUCCUCAAGGCUACUGGGGGAAAAUAGAGAACGAAGUCAGAAUUCAAGAUGAUUUAGUUGACGAUACUCCAUCAAAUGAAAAAAAAUACCGUGGUAUUGCUAUGAUUCAACAUGAUUAUAAUGAGGACAGGACCUUUGACAGUAUCGCAAGAGAUGCAAUCCGUGGUUCUGUCAAUAACAAAUUAAAGGCACAUAGAUUGGAAUAUAUAAAGAACCACAAAAGUGAGUUCAAAGAUAUGAAUGAAAAGGAUGCUUUGGAGAAAGUUUCGAAGAUGUCAGAGGUUUCAGAUAAAUUUUGGGAUAGCAUGAAGGGCAAAUACACAAUAAAAGACUUCUUCACUAUUUUCCAAUUUACAACACCAGUUUUUCUUCAUUCAAACCUCCCUAAGUACAACCCAUGGGAACUAUCCAUCUCUGGAGAUCUAUUGUAUGAUGGUAAGAAGGCUACUAAGAAGAUGGACGAUCCAUCUAAAUAUGUACCCAAUGGUAAAGGGCACCAUAGGAUGUACUCUCCGACAUUCAAAGACCUAACCAACUAUGACCUUGAACUAGCUAAUUGGAAAUUGUUCGAUGAUGUUUUAUGCAAAAAUCCAGAUGAUUAUUUGAACUUUUCGUACUUGAGCGAAGUCAUCGGUGCAACGGAAAAACCAGAGCAAGAAGUGAAAAACAUGUGUAAAUAUAUUAAGGAUCGCGUGGAAUAUUUGAAGCUGUCCACAUGGGAAAACAGUUCUUCGUGA